AAAAAAGGGCUUGAAAUUUAGACGGCUGUACAAGUAAACCCUUGGGCAACGACGGUGCACGUCACGUGCUUGUUGCCUAUCGCCGGAACCGCCGUGAUUCCGUCAUCAGAAGAAAUGUACAGACCCAACGGAAACUUUCUUCGCCGUUUUCUGAAAAGAUCAUUUUGUUCAGCGGAAAAUAUCGAUUCUAAAGUUCAAAUCUUUGAUCGCCACCUCAAACGUAAACAACGUGAUCGGGCUGCUUGGUUGUUAAAUCGGAAAGAUUCUUUGGUCAAUACAGUGGCUGAUAACCUUGUUGACCGCUUGGAGGAUGUCAAGAAGACGUUUCCUAGUGCAUUGUGUUUGGGAGGUUCAAUGGAAGCAAUUAGGCGUUCCAUACGUGGGCGUGGCGGCAUAGAAAAGCUAAUUAUGAUGGAUUCAUCGUAUGACAUGGUGAAGUUGUGUAAAGACGCCGAAAAGGAUUUAUCUAGUGAUAACAUUGAAACUUCGUUUAUGGUAGCAGAUGAAGAAUAUUUACCUAUAAAAGAAAGUUCUGUUGAUUUAGUAAUAAGUUGCUUGGGCCUCCACUGGACAAAUGAUCUUCCUGGAGCAAUGAUACAAAGUAGGUUGGCGUUAAAACCUGAUGGCUUAUUUUUGGCAGCUAUUUUUGGUGGAGAAACAUUAAAAGAGCUGAGAAUCGCGUGCACUAUAGCACAUAUGGAGCGUGAAGGUGGUGUGAGUCCACGAGUAUCACCAUUAGCACAAGUGCGAGAUGCAGGCAAUCUGUUGACUAGGGCAGGGUUCACUCUUCCGGGUGUUGAUGUUGAUGAAUACCAGGUUAGAUAUAAUAGUGCUUUGGAGCUAAUAGAACAUUUGCGGGCAAUGGGUGAAUCUAAUGCGCUUGUAAAUAGAAUCAAAUUCUUAAAAAGGGACACCGCUCUAGCGACAGCUGCUGUUUAUGAGUCCAUGUUUGCAGCAGAAGAUGGCUCCAUCCCUGCAACUUUCCAGGUGAUAUAUAUGACUGGGUGGAGAGAACACGAGUCUCAACAGAAAGCAAAGCGGCGGGGAUCUGCUACGGUAUCUUUCAAGGACAUCCAAAAGGAGUUUGGCGGUCAAACUACAUGAACAAUCGGCCGUUGGUACUGCUACUUAUAUGCAAAAUCAAAUGAGCUUUUUCUUUUUAGGUGUUGAAGACAAAGACAAAGACAUCUGAAUACCAUGUCUUAAUAUAUAACAAACAUUUAUUGAUAUUAAGAAAUAAAUGUUACAAUCCUGUUGUAUUGAUUUAUUGAAGUAUUCAGUUUAAGAAAGAAUAGUAUUUUUUUUUACUCUGCAAAGGCCUUGUAGAGCUCUGUUAGAGAAGAAAGGUGGAUACAAGUAUUUGUAAUUUAAAUCACUACAAAUUUUCAA